GUUCGCUUGGCUGCAUCAACAACAACAAGACGAUUUUUGUUAAGUCUUCCUUCAGAAAAAAGCAGAGAACACUUCUUUCCUGCUCUCCUACCAAAGAUGUGUCUAAACAGAUACUACGUAGCUGAAGGAGUACGUAUAUACUCACAGGACACUUGGAAACUAGUGACAAAGACUGAUGGCAAACAUUAUGUGGAAAAGUAUAUUAAUCAAGUGGUGGAUUAUUAUAUUGAGGCUACCGGGGCAGACAACCAUGCUGUACGAGAAGCAGCAUGUGCCUGUAUUGCAGAACUGGGAGCCAAGAUUGACAGAGAAAAAGUGCGGCCCUUUGUGCCUCGACUACUGGAGACCUUAAUCAUAUGUUUUAAUGAUGAGAGCUGGCCUGUGCGAGAUGCUGCCUGUGUGGCAAGUGGAAACUUUGUUGUCUGUUUUCCAGAAGAAUCCAGGAGUUCACUGUCAGCUUUAUAUCCCUUGUUCUUCAAUAAUUUACAAGACAACAUUCCAUCUGUGCGUCAGGGUGCUGCAUUAGCACUAUCCAACCUUGUACAGGCCUAUGGUGAGGAAAGCCUAGACAUUGUGAUGGGUAAGAUAAAGGAAGGUCUGGAUGGAAUAGAGAAACAACCAGCCUCCACAGAGAAAUACAGUGACCUAGCUACAAGUCCGGCCACAUAUGGGGUGGUCAAACGACGCCGAGAUAACGACUUUGACCUUCACACAGACAAACAGAUGUAUUCCUGUGGAUCUCUUGCACCUAAGAUGGGCAGAUCAAGAGGAGGUGGUUGUAUGGACCAUAAGUUCAGGAAGCCGACAGAGCCAUGGGAACUUGCUGAUGGGUGUAUCCACUUACUUGCUGAACUAUCUAAUCACCAUGACCUUGCUGCACCUGUCAGCCAGAUGUUACCUGAUGUCGCUAAAUCUACAUCCUACCAGCAUUACACCCAACACAUCGUCUACUGUGAAACUCUCUGUAAACAGCUGUCAAAUAUUGCCAAAGGAAUUGGAAAGCGACAUUUCAAAAUGCAUUUAGAGAUGUUUCUGGAUGUUAUAUUCUACAGUUUGACCUGUGAUAAUUCAUUGACAUCGAGUGCAGCUAGUCAAUGCCUGAAUCAACUUAGUGCUUUUUUGGGUCCAAACAUUCUCAAGGGACGUGUGGAACAGUACAACCCAAGUUAUUUGGAGCAUCUGAAUGCAAAUCAGUGCAUUGCAGCAUUAUAGCAGAGAAAUGGAUCUAUGUAGUA